GUGCGUCCCGCAGCACCCGGGCCAUCGGCUCCGCGCCGCCCCGCAGCGGGCCCGCGGGCUGGAGACGCGCGGAAAAAUACAGAGGUGUAUUCCAAAGUUGACUGUCCAUGGUACAUACAGUUAACGGGUGCCCAUUGGCACUUAUUUUUAUCAUCGUGUGGCUGUUAGUUAAAGCAAAAAUAGAUGUGUGCAAGAGAGGGGAUGUGACUGUGCAGCCUUCCCAUGUAAUUUCACUUGGGUCAGCUGUCAACAUUUCGUGCUCUUUGAAGACCAAACAAGGCUGCUUGCAAUUCUCCAGUUUUAACAAGUUAAUCCUCUACAAGUUUGACAGAAGAAUCUAUUUUCAGCAUGGUCAUUCCCUCAGCUCGCAAGUCACAGGUCUUCCCCUGGGUACAACCCUGUUUGUCUGCAAACUGGCCUGUAGCAGUAAUGACGAGAUUCGAAUAUGUGGGGCAGAGAUCUCCGUUGGUGUUGUUCCAGAACAGCCUCAAAACUUAUCUUGUAUACAGAAGGGAGAACGUGGGACCGUGAGAUGCACCUGGGAUAGAGGACAAGACACCCACCUGUAUACUGCCUAUACUUUACAGUUAAAGGGACCAAAAAAUUUAACCUUGCAGAAGCAAUGUGAUGAUCACUAUUGUGAUCAUUUGGACCUUGGAAUUAACCUAACCCCUGAAUCACCUGAAUCUAGUUACACAGCCAAGGUUACUGCUAUCAAUAGUCUUGGGAGUGCUUCUUCAUUCCCAUCCUCAUUCACAUUGUUGGACAUAGUGAGGCCUCUUCCUCCGUGGGACAUCAGAAUCAACUUUGUAAACGCUUCCGUGAGCAGGUGUACCCUUCAGUGGAGAGAUGAGGGUCUGGUGCUGCUUAAUCGACUCAGAUAUCGGCCCAUUAACAGCAGGUCCUGGAAUAUGGUUAAUGCCACAAAUGCCAAAGGAAGACAUGAUUUGCUGGAUCUGAAACCCUUUACAGAAUAUGAAUUUCAGAUUUCCUCUAAGUUACAUCUUUAUAAAGGUAGUUGGAGUGAUUGGAGUGAAUCAUUGAGAACACAAACACCAGAAGAAGAGCCUACUGGAACAUUAGAUGUCUGGUACAUGAGACAGCACAUUGACUACAAUAGACAACAGAUUUCUCUUUUCUGGAAGAAUCUGAGUCUAUCAGAGGCAAAAGGAAAAAUCCUCCACUAUCGAGUGACCUUGCAGGAGGUAGCAGGGGGGAAAGCCACACUACAGAACAUCACAGAACACACCUCCUGGACCUGGGUCAUUCCCAGAACUGGGAACUGGGCUGUGUCCGUGUCUGCAGCUAACUCGAAAGGCAGUUCCUUGCCCACUCAUAUUAACAUAACGGACCUGUGUGGGGCAGGGUUGCUGGCUCCUCAACAGGUCUCAGCAAACUCAGAGGGUGUGGACAACCUCAUGGUGACAUGGACACCUCCAGGGAAAGCUGCCGCUGCUGUGCAGGAGUAUGUGGUGGAAUGGAGGGAACUCCAUCCGGGGGCCAGCACGCAGCCCCCUCUAGGCUGGUUGUGGAGUCCCCCCUACAACCUGUCUGCUCUGAUUUCAGAAAACAUAAAACCCUACAUCUGUUAUGAAAUCCGCGUGCAUGCACUUUCAGGGGACCAGGGAGGAUGCAACUCCAUCCGGGGUAACUCUAAGCACAAAGCACCACUGAGUGGCCCCCACAUUAAUGCCAUCUCAGAGGAAAAAGGGAGCAUUUUAAUUUCAUGGAACGAAAUUCCAGCCCGGGAGCAAAUGGGCUGCAUCCUCCAUUACAGGAUAUAUUGGAAGGAACAGGACUCCGAUUCCCAGCCUCAGCUUUGUGAAAUUCCCUAUAGGGUCUCCCCAAAUUCUCAUCCCAUAGACAGCCUGCGGCCCAGGGUGACAUACAUUCUAUGGAUGACAGCUCUGACAGCUGCUGGUGAAAGCCCCCGAGGAAAUGAAAGAGAAUUUUGUCUGCAAGGUAAAGCCAAUUGGAGCACAUUUGUGGCACCAAGCAUUUGCAUGGGUGUCAUCAUGGUGGGCGUUCUCUCAGUGCGUUGCUUCCGGCAAAAGGUAUUUGUUCUCCUUUUGGCCCUCAGACCUCAGUGGUGUAGCAAAGAAAUUCCAGACCCAGCGAAUAGCACUUGGGCCAAGAAAUAUCCCAUUGUGGAGGAGGAGAUGCAGCUGGCCUUGGAUAGGCUCCUGACAGACUGGCCCACUCCCGAGGAACCUGAGAUCCUGGUCAUCAACAAAGUCCUUCACCAAGUGACCCCAGCCUUCAGACGUUCCCAUCACCCCAACUGGCCAGAAAAGGGACAAGGAGUCCAAGGUCACUAUUCCUCUGAGGAAGACACAGGAUACAGUGCCUCGAGCCCCCCACCUCCAAGAGCUCUCACAGCAGAGACAGGACAAGGGGUGGAUCUGUACAAGGUGCUGGGGAGCAAGGGCCCCGACUCAACACCGGGAAACCCAGCCAGCCCCUCGACAGUCCUCCCAGUGGACUACCUUCCUGCCCAUGAGGGCUACUUACCCUCCAACAUAGAUUAUCUCCCUUCACGUGAGCCUCCCAUAACUGACCCUUGGGAAGAACUGCCUCAGCACAUCUCUCUUUCCAUUUUCCCCUCGAGUUCCCUUCACCCACUCACCUCCUCCUGUGGUAAAAAGUUGACUCUGGAUCAGUUAAAGAUGGGGUGUGGCUCCCUCAUGCUCUGAGUGGCAAAGCUUGAAGUUUGGAAAGUCGAUGUGCCUCCAAGUGGCACAGCGUGCCCCAUCUCCCCAGCCACCUGCUCCAGUGGUUGUUAUGUCUGGUUGCAGCUAGAGGGCAGGCAAGCCAACUCAGGGUGAAUCUCAUCUCAAGAUACCUCAUCUUGCCUUCUCCAGAGCCUUAAGAUCACAUCCUCUGCUGUGUGGACCUAGAGACUCCAAUCUGGGUUCCUGCAACUUUCUUGGCUAUGUUGGCCAGAAAGGAGAAAGGCAAGAGUGGAAACCAAAACUCUUACUAGCAAUGGCAGACAGUCCAGAGGACCAUUCAUCCAACAACUAUUUACUGUUGACCCUGAAUAAUAUGUUUGAGCUGCAUGGGUCCACCUAUAUACAGAUUUUUUUAAAUAAUAAAUUCUACAGUACUACAUGAUCCAUUGCUGGAUGAGCCCAUGGAUGCAGAACCACAGAUGAGGAAGGCCAGCUAAAAGUUAUAUGCAGAUUCUCAACUGCACAGGGGAGUUGGCACCCCAACCCCCACAUUGUUUAAGGGUCAACUUAUAAAGCAGCUACUACAAACCAGGUCUUAUGUCUAGAUCAGUACCGUCCAAUAGGCCUGAGAUAGAAAUGUUCUAUGUAUAGCUGCCCUGUUUGAUCCAACAGAUACUAACCACAUUGGCCAUUGAUUACUUAGGGAUGUAUCUCUAGUAUGACUGAGGAAUUGACUUUUUAUUGUAAUUAGUCACAUAUGACACUUGGCCACUGUAUUGGAGAGCACAACUCUAAAUGAUGGACAUAUUAGUGAGAAUUACUGGGUACCUUCAAAACAGAUCGACCUAGUUUUACAUAUGCAGGCAUAAAAGACCCCAGUGAACACCAAUAUAAAAGGGCUCCCAAGAUGGUCAUGGUUGUCCUUAUUUGUAGAAGCCUAAGAAUGUACCUUUUCCUUAGUUUUGCCCGUUUGUUUUCUUUUGCCUUCACCCUUUUUCAGUGAAAGCAGCUUGAUGGUGGAAAGCUACUGCUAAACCCACUGUAGGACCCUGGGCAAGCAGCCUCCCCUCUCUGAAAUCCAAUGUCUUGUAAAAGAGUGGGCCAAAGCUUCUCUGACCCCUUGUGUUUCCUCUUCUUUCUGCUGCAGCUGAUACUGCCUUUAGGACCAGGGCUACCUCAGGGUCUA